UUUGUGCUGUUUUGACAAAUUACACACAAAUACAACAAAAACAAACUCUGAAACACCAAAUCCAGUGGGCGCCCACUAAUUCUUGUCUUUAAUGAGAAAAAGGGGAAUUCAACUCUUUAUGUAGCGUUGAUUUCAAAUUCCCCCUCUAAAAUUCACUCGGUUUCUUCCUUCAUCAUCUUCUUCUUCCCUGCCAAAUACUCCAUCUUUCAUUGCUUAGAUUGCAGAGAAGUAAUUCUAGAAUCGAUGGAAUUUGAUAAAAUUAGUGCCCUUUUUAUUUGUUUGCUCUCACUUUUCCCUCGUUUUUCCUAUUCUGAUAAUGAAAUACAAGGAUCGGUAUUAAGAUUGAAAAAAGGUGUCGUUUCUUCUCGAAUCUUUGAUCCAACACGAGUCACUCAACUCUCUUGGCAUCCCAGGGCUUUUCUUUACAAAGGGUUUUUAUCAUAUGAGGAAUGUGAUCAUCUUAUUGAUCUGGCAAGGGAUAAAUUAGAAAAGUCAAUGGUAGCUGAUAAUGAAUCUGGCAAGAGUAUAGAGAGUGAAGUCAGAACUAGCUCCGGCAUGUUUAUUGCUAAAGCUCAGGAUGAAAUUGUUGCUGAUAUUGAGGCCAGGAUUGCUGCAUGGACUUUCCUCCCAGAAGAAAAUGGGGAGUCCAUGCAAAUACUGCACUAUGAGCAUGGUCAGAAGUAUGAACCCCAUUUUGAUUACUUCCAUGACAAGGCUAAUCAAGAGUUGGGUGGACACCGUGUUGCUACUGUAUUGAUGUACUUGUCCAAUGUUGAGAAGGGUGGAGAAACAGUAUUCCCUAACGCAGAGGGAAAAUUGUCUCAGCCAAAGGAGGAUAGUUGGUCUGAUUGUGCUAAAGGUGGCUAUGCUGUGAAGCCCGAAAAAGGUGAUGCUUUGUUGUUCUUCAGUCUUCAUCCUGAUGCAACUACUGACUCAGACAGCUUGCAUGGAAGCUGCCCAGUUAUUGAAGGCGAGAAGUGGUCUGCAACUAAAUGGAUCCAUGUCAGGUCCUUUGAAAAAUCCUUUAAGCAGUUGGGAAAGGGAGAUUGUGUCGAUGAGAACGACCACUGCCCAUUGUGGGCAAAGGCUGGGGAGUGUAAAAAGAACCCUCUCUACAUGAUCGGUUCUGGUGGGGCAAAUGGUUAUUGUAGAAAAAGCUGCAAGGUGUGCACAUCUUAAGAAGUUUUUUCCCAGUUUUUCCUUCUUGGUUCUAUACAGAGUAAAGUUUCUUACAUAAUUAAAUGCUGUAGAUGACACUGGCAUUGCCAACGCGGCACAUUAAUUGGGAGACAUCUUUAUAAAAGAAUUGUUAUUAGUCAGAAGUAUAAUCACAGAUUAAAAGUUAAAAAUAUCAAAAGUUUAAGCA